AUGGAUGACUCUCCAUUAAAGCGACGGAUAUACAGGCAGGAUGUCAGACUUGCGAUCUUAAGACUUAUAUUGAAGCAUGACGGAAUUCUUAUUGAUAGGUCCUCGAGCGAUGAGGUGCAAGAGAAGAUAAAGGCUGGAUACCCAGCCACUCGUGUGCCACCUAAGAGAACAAGACAUUGCGUUAACUUCUGCGUCGUGACACCACAAGUCAUCAACACUCACAUGUCUGAUGACGACAUGUGCAACACACGCAAGAUGAACAGCCAUUCCUUUGCAUACAACACAUCCCUGCGACCUCACAUGCUGAUUCACUCAGGGCAGAAACCAUACUGGUGUUCCAUCUGUGGUAAGAAAUUCAGACAGAAGAGCAAUCUCACAACACAUAUGUGUAUCCACUCUGGAGAGAAACCAUACGAGUGUUACAUAUGCCACAAAGUGUUUGCCAGACUGAACCACCUGCAGCGGCACAUCCAGACCCACACAGGUGAAAAACCCCACACCUGCUCCUUCUGCUGGAAACAGUUCACCAAGAAGUGCGGACUCUCCAACCACAUGAGCCUCCAGCAUCCAAAGGAGGCGUCGCUGGAGUGCUCCUGUGUGGCGGCAAGUUCAGGACUCAGGAAGAAUUGA